GCAUUAACUUUUGGCUGUUAAAGCUCCCCUCAGGGCGUUCCUGGUCAGUCAAACCCCGCCCACACUUCCAGCUCUCCGGGGCUGUCGCUUCGGGUCAGCCGCUGGACUUGUCUGCCGGUUUCCUCCCGAAUGAAACCUCGUCCUCAGCUCAACAUGAAGGAGUCGUCUGGACGUGCCGGGCAGCGUUAACGGGUCUCUUCCCCACCGGCUGGUUGAAGGGACGCGAGUGUUCGAGAGAGCAGCAAGUGUCCGUACUGUUCGACAGCUACAGGGUUACGGUAACAAUCAGAAGUCAUGUCGGCUGACAUCCUGCAGGGGUUCAGCACCUUGACGCUGAGCGUCAAGCAACUCAGCCGACUCCUUCGCCUCUCUGACCGCCUCCCUUCCUCCCUGCCAUCACCUUGCCCCACCGUUGCUGCCUCCCAGGUCCCCACUCUGUUCCGAGAGCCCUACAUCCUGUCGGGCUACCGCCCCAUCCAGCAAGACUGGCGCUGCUACCUCCUGAGCCUCUUCCAGUGGCACAAUGAAACCCUGAAUGUGUGGACUCACUUGCUCGCAGCUCCAGCGCUGCUGCUUCUCUGGUGGGCCAACGUGGGCACCCUGGGGUACACCUCGGAUGCAGCCUCCCUGCCUCUCGCCCUCUUCAUGGUGUCUUCUCUCACAUAUCUGUGCCUCAGUGUGGCAGCUCACCUCCUGCAGUCUCAUUCCGAGCGUGCGCACUACUACUUCUUCUUUUUGGACUACGUGGGUGUGGCGGUGUACCAGUACGGCUGCUCACUCGGCCAUUACUUCUACUCCUCUGAGCCAGUGUGGAGAGACAGUAUUGGGAUGAUGUUUCUGCCCGGUGCUGCCUUCUUUGGGUGGCUCUCCUGCGCCGGCUGCUGUUUUGCGAAGGCCAGGUACAGGCGGCCGUAUCCACUGCAACGUAAAAUCUACCAGCUGAUCCCCACCAGCCUCGCCUACGCGUUAGAUAUUAGCCCCAUAGCCCACCGUCUGCUCACCGUCCCCUGGUCACAGGAGGCCUCUCUCCUCUUUCACGCCCUGCAGAUUGGCUCAUUCAUUUUGGCUGCCUUCUUCUUCUCCUGUCCAAUUCCGGAGCGUUUUUUACCCGGUCGCUGUGACUUUGUGGGCCAGGGUCAUCAGGUGUUCCACCUGUUCCUGUCCCUAUGCACCGUGUUCCAGCUGGAGGCUUUGUUUCUGGACUACGCCAGGCGACGGGACGCAGUGCUGGAUGUGUUUGGAGAACGGCAGCUGUGGUGGGCUUGUGUGUCCUUCCCCUGUCUCUUCAUGUGUUGCGUCCUCACAGCUCUUAUAGCCAUGAGGCACAUGAACAAAAUACUUCAACAUGUAGAGAAGAAAAAGUGACCAUCUUUUUUGCGUGUGCAGAAAGACCUGUGCUCAGUGAUUUCUAAGAGUAUUCAGUCGGAUGUAACUUUUAAUUUAUGUAUUUAACAACCUGUGUCUCUGAAGAGUGAUUACUUUACUUUUAAUAUCUAAACAAUAAAGCCAGCUUUAACGGAAU